AUGAGCGAUGAUGCUUCAUCAGCAGAGGUCAAACCUAUUCGGGUAGUUACAAAGACCGAAGCCGAGCUAAAGUUUGAAGCGAUUCAGAAAAAAAGGCUGGAAGAGAAAGUUGAAAAGGCAGCACGAAGAUCACACAAGGAACGUGUGGCAGAAUUGAAUAGAAAAUUGGAAGAAAUGACCGAACAUUAUGAUAUUCCAAAGGUAAUUUGUCUUGUAUGA